UGUCAUGGCUGAGGGAGCCCUGGAGCUCCAGCUGACCGCACCAAAUGCCAACACCAAGCAGUCACCACAUUGCCCAGCGUUACUGGCUAGGAGGUCUAAACUGUCAGCCUUCAGCAAGAUUUGUUACGCAGUAGGAGGAGCACCCAACCAAGUGGCAGGAAGUGCCUCUGCAUUCUUUCUACAAAUCUAUUUGCUAGACGUAGCACAGAUUACACCCUUUGAAGCAUCUCUGGUACUGUCAAUUGGAAAAUUCUGGGGCGGAUUUACAGAUCCCAUCAUUGGCUUCUCAAUUAGCAAAAGUAAAUGGACAGGAAUUGGUCGCCUGAUGCCUUGGAUAGUGGGCAGCACACCAUUUCUGGUUGUGUCCUAUUUCUUUCUGUGGUUUGUCCCUCCGUUUGUGACUGGAAGAGUUGCGUGGUAUCUGAUGUUCUACUGUUCAUUCCAAGCACUGAGCACAGUUUACCAUGUGCCAUACACAACACUCACUAUGUUUAUUAGCACAGAUCAGACAGAGCGGGAUUCAGCAACGGCAUACAGAAUGACCAUGGAAGUGUUCGGAACCUUGAUUGGAGCAGCACUUCAGGGACAGAUUGUGGCAAGCGCUCACUUUGCCAAUUACUGCAAAACUAACAACGGCAGCAACAACUUUACUGGGAAUGUCUCAGACUCAUUUCCAAACCACACCGCUCUGACAGGGUCAUUGGACAUCCAGCUACACGCCAGGAAUGUGUACAUGAUAGCAGCAGGAGUCAUAUGCAGUAUCUAUCUGCUGUGUACCACAAUACUUUUCUUCGGAGUUAAGGAAAGAGAUGAUCCAUAUGCAUUGCUUUCUGGGAAAGUUAUUCCAUUUUUUAGAGGUUUCAAACUGUCUGUUCAACAUGGGCCAUACCUAAACCUAAUUGCUGCUUUCCUCCUCAUCUCAGCUGCUGUUCAGCUUCAACAGAGCAAUUUUGUCCUUUUUUGCACACAUGCUGCAGAUUUGCGAGGUCACUUUCAGAACUUGGUGCUGACAAUAUUGAUAUCUGCGGUUCUGAGUAUUCCAUUCUGGCAAUGGUUUUUGCAAAGAUUUGGCAAGAAAACGGCAGCUUUUGGAAUUUCUUGGAUGAUUCCAUUUACCAUUAUGUUGGUGACUAUCCCCAAUCUCAUUGUGGCAUAUCUGGUUGCUGUCUCUUCUGGUUUUAGUAUUGCUGCAUCACUGCUUCUGCCAUGGUCUAUGCUCCCUGAUGUAGUGGAUAAUUUUCGUCUAAUGAAUCCUCAGUUGAAGGGACUGGAAGCCAUUUUUUAUUCUUCAUUUGUUUUCUUCACCAAGUUGUCUGCUGGGAUCGCAUUAGGAGUCUCCUCACUGAGUUUAGAAUUUGCUGGCUACAGCAGCGCAGCCUGCAAGCAGUCUUACCAUGUGGUGUUAACACUUCAAAUCCUUAUCGGAGCAGCACCUGCUGUCCUGAUCAUUAUAGGACUAGUCAUUCUGAUCUUCUACCCAAUUACGGAGGACAAAAGAAGGGAAACAGAGCUUGCACUCAAUACCAUAAGGUUACGGACUAGGAGAGCCACACUUAUUGUCAUCUGAAGCAAAAACAUCAUCUGGUUCCAAACUCUAAAGACAAGAUCAUGUUGGACAUGCUGGCAUUGAGAAACUUCUGUCUGCUGCAUAAAAAGAACCUGAUUCUCCACUGCUGGAUUAAAAUAGAAUUUUAUAAAUAUGAAUAAAAAAUAAAUAAAAUGGGUUGAACAAA